AUGGAGUAAGUCCAGAGAUUUAUGGAACAUGUGGUUUAUUUACAAAAUUUUAAGUUGGUGUAUAUAAGUAAUAUAUUUAAAUAAACAAAAUAGUCAUGACAUGCCACAAUAGAAUAAAGUUAUCAAGAAGCAGAAAAUAUCUUUAAAUGUUGCAUAAUAAUUUUUAGAGAUCAAAUAAAAUUGCAGCUAGUUUGUACAAAUUAAGAUAAAAACAUUCAUAUGCGGAUAAACAAGGCUGA